AUGGAAGAACUGAUGAUUGGUGAAGAUGGAAAACCAUUGUCCAAGGCUGCUAUUAAGAAACUAGAAAAACAACGAGAGAAGGAUCGCAGGAAGCAGGAAGUUGCUGAUAAACUGGCUGCAGAAAAGGCUGCUCGAGAUGCUGCAUCGCCUGAUUAUUCGGUGGAUUGUUAUGGAAAACUGCCCAUGAAUCAAUCUGUCGCUCGUUUGAAUGAAACUCGCACUCUUAUCUCUGAAGUCAAUGCUUCUCAUGUCGGUUCAUCUAUUCUACUCUCUGCUCGUGUACAGACUGUCAGGCCUACAGGCUCAAAAAUGCUGUUCAUGACUCUUCGUCAAGGCACCGACUCUUUACAAACUGUCUUGACUGUGAAUGCUGAAUCUGUCAGUAAACAUAUGCUCAAGUUUGCUACAUCGAUCUCUCCUGAAUCGUUGGUUUUGAUCUCGGGUGAGGUCAUCAAAGUUGAUGUUCUCAUUACUGGCUGCACUGUUCAAGAGUACGAACUCAAGGUUUCAAAGAUCUUUAUUGUUAGUGAGGCCGCUCGUCUUCCAUUUACAUUGGAAGAUGCAACCCGUCCAGAUUCAGACUUUACCGAAGAGUCUGGGUUUAGCAAGAUCAAUCUUGAAACUCGUCUGGACAAUCGUGUCAUUGAUUUGCGUACCAUUACCAACCAGGCUAUUUUCCGUAUUCAAGCCGGUGUUUCAAAACUCUUUCGUGAAUUUCUUGACAACAAAGACUUUGUUGAAAUUCACACUCCAAAACUCAUUGGUGCAGCAUCAGAAGGCGGUGCCAAUGUGUUUCGUGUUUCUUACUUUAAAGGUUGCGGAUUUCUUGCCCAGUCUCCUCAGCUGUAUAAGCAAAUGAUGGUGUGUGCCGAUUUCGAGCGCGUUUAUGAGAUUGCACCUGUUUUCCGUGCCGAAAACUCGCAGACGCAUCGUCAUAUGACCGAGUUUAUGGGUCUUGAUAUGGAAAUGGCAUUCCAGGAACACUACCACGAAGUGCUCGAUGUCUUGGAUGGACUAUUUGUUUCUAUUUUCCAAGGAUUGGAAUCUCGCUACAAGAAAGAACUUGCCACUAUCCAGCGUCAGUAUCCUUAUGAGCCUUUUAUGUUUCUUGAAAAAUCGCUUCGUUUGGAAUUCCCAGAAGCUAUUGCCAUGCUUCGUGGUGCUGGUGUUGAAAUUGGCGACUUUGAUGAUUUCAACACUGCUCAAGAGCGUUUACUAGGCAAGCUUGUCAAGGAAAAAUACAAGACCGACUUUUUUAUUUUGGACAAAUUUCCUCUGGCUGUUCGUCCCUUUUAUACAAUGCCUGAUCCUUCUCGGCCUGGGUACAGCAAUUCGUAUGAUUUCUUUGUUCGUGGCGAAGAGAUCUUGUCUGGUGCUCAACGUAUCCAUGAUUCUGCCUUUUUAAAACAGCGUGCCGAGGAACAUGGUGUUGAUAUCAGCACUAUCCAACCCUACAUUGAUGCCUUCAAGUACGGUGCUCCACCUCAUGCUGGUGGUGGCAUUGGUCUUGAACGUGUUGUCAUGCUUUACCUCGAUCUUGGCAACAUUCGCAAAACAUCCCUGUUUCCUCGUGAUCCCAAGCGUCUUUCACCAUAA